CCCUGUCCCUUAAACAUGUGCAAAAUGCAUCUGGGUUGCUUGCAGGGGCACAACCCCAAAAAGCAAAAACUGUUUAUUGUUUUGAGCAGGAGUCAAAAUUCACACUCCUGUAGCUGAACUUUCCCAGACACAGAGGAGAGGGAGAGGUACAAGGUCCCAGUGAAGGAGUGUGUGUGUGUGUGUGUGUGUGUGUUCAGGGGCCUCUGCCUUAGUGAUGGUUUGUGAGAAUCUGCGGAGGUGUCACUUCACACCUCUGUGGCCUGGCCUGGACUUAUAAACCAGUGCAACAGAGCUGAGCAGCACUCACAGCCUCCCAGUCUCUCCAGUCAGACCACCGAGACCCUCCACACAACAUGGAUACCUCUGUCCCUCUGCUCGACUACGACCUGCAGUACCAGUGGUGCUCCGACUCGGACCUCUCUAGCAUCUCCUCACUAGAAACCCUCUCCCCUGUGCCGUCUAUGGACUCCAGCCUCUCUCCGUCCUACCAGCAGCUGCCACAGUCCACUCCUAAGGCAGCUAAGACUGGAUAUUCCCAGACCCUCAAAUCCUUGCCCUGCUCCCUGUCUGGACGUGGCCGGAAGACGGGCCGAGCCGCCCGGAUCCGCAGCAAGCAGAGGGAGAGCGCCAGCGAGAAGGAAAAGCUGAGGAUGAGGGAUCUGACCAAGGCUCUGCAUCACCUCAGGUCCUACCUCCCGCCCUCGGUGGCCCCCGCCGGACAGACUCUGACAAAGAUAGAGACUCUCCGCCUCACCAUCCGCUACAUCUCCUACCUGUCGGCCCAGCUGGGCCUCAGCGAGGAGGUGCUGUUUCAGAGGAGGGAACAAGGAGACACCUCGGCCAGUGACACCUCCUCACCUGACAUCCUCAGCUACUUCCAACACGGCCCCAUGGGAGGACAGGAGGCCCAGCUGCAGAACCAGAGCCUGUACACAGCUCAGUGUCACAGCCAGAACACCAUGCUGCAUUCUGGGAGCUGCGGUUUUGGAAUGGAUCGGUACAUUGAAGAACCUCAGAGAGACAUGAGCAUGGAUACCAUCCUGCAGUCACCUCCAGCAACACAGCCCUCCUGUCAGAUGUGUGGCAAAGACUUCUGCAUGCCGUUGGUUCCCAGAGAGUACUGGGGUUAAACACUCCAACACUGCGCCAUCAUCAUCCAACAACAGACACAAACUACUUCUCUGUUUUUACUGACUCACUGUGAAACGAGUAAUUUAUUUGAAAUAUAUAUGCUAUUCUACAUUUUAUUUAUUUUGUCCUGUGAAAUGUUCCAUGUAAAUAUCGAUAUGUCUAACAACUAUUUUUAUAUUUCUUUAUACCACUAUUUAUAAUAA